AUGUAUUGUUUAAACAAUAUGUGGAGCUUUGAGUAGGAAAGACACAAUGUCAAUAGCUAAAUUCAUACUAUUUGACGUAGAGUUGCUUUUUUUUUUUUUUUAAUAUUCAUUGUAGAUGCGUUUAAGUUCAUGUUACACAGCUCCGUCCUUCAUUCUUAUCUUCAUGGUUUGCCUUUCAAGGGUAAUUCUUCGCAUAGAUGACUGACUUAUCACAAGAUCGUAGAUUAUUGGCUUCAACAAGUUUCCACGUUUUAUUUUGAGUUAAGUUUUAUCUAUUUAUUUCUGCUUCCGUUUGAAGCUUCUGAUGUUGUAAAUGAUACCUUUUGGAAGAAUGAAUGCAAGAAAGAAGUUGUUACAAAAAAAAGGUUCGUGUUUAUCGAUCACUCACCUGUCAGAAAAAAAAACAUAUUCACUCACCUUGAGCAAGUGCUUACAACUUAUUUAUUUUUACACGAAGUUUUCAUCAGUGGUUAGUUUAGGAUAAUAUUCAAAACCAAACAAAAAUCGUUUUUUUAUAACACGUGGCAUGCACGUCGAACCUAUUGACGUGCAUCGAAUCUGACCAGCCCAUAUCUUUCUGUCUAGAGUUAGACCAACCGCAACGGAGGUCUGUCACGGAUCCGUGGCCCAAAUCCUUGGCUUUUUUACAAUUAACAAAUUGUGAAUUGGGCUCAGCUUUAGACGGAUCGGUACGGAUCAGUCCGUAAAUAAGGCUUCGAAGGAUCAAGUCCUUACUGCACGUGGCGUCUGAUGGUUGGCCCGGCGAUAUGUUGUGUUGGGUUAUGUCGAGAAAAAAAAACAUUUGCGACCGAAGGUUAGAAAAAAAAAUCAGAGCUCUCGACGAAAAGCGAUUUCUCUCCAUCUUCGAUUUUUCUCCAUCGUCGAUCUUCAAAGGCCAACGAACAUGGGACAAGACUAUAGCUACACGCAGCCUUCAUCAGAGGAGUUCGACAUCAACUCUUUACUUGAAGCAGAAGCUGCUCUCUACGGGGAUGAAGCUCAGAGUAGCUACAUAAUUGCAGAGGCGGAUCAGUACCCACCAGAACCUGAGGCUGAUGAAGGAAUACCGAGGACAUGCUAUUGCGGUAGUGAGGUUGUUGUUGAAACCUCGUACACUCGUAAAGAUCCAGGAAGGAGGUACUUCUCCUGCAACAACGUUGACGAUGGAGACUCCCACAUCUGGAAAUGGUGGGAUGUGGCGAUUCAAGAAGAGCUUCGUGAAACGCAGACACAACUUAGGAUGGUCAAGGAUCAAUUCUUUGAGAGUGACCAGAAGGUGGCUAAGCUUGACAAGAUCGUGGGUGUGUUAACUAAGAAGACAUCAGUGAUUAACUAUGGUUUGGCAAAGGGAAUUAGUGUACUGGUGUUGGUGAUACUGGUCAUCGUUAUGGGCUGGUAAGAUUCAUACCUUAUUUAGAUAAUUAAUUUGAUUUAAAAUUUGAAAUUUUAAGUGUUUUAUCUUAUGUCAUUCAAGG